AAUUUCAUCAGUGCCAAUCAUCCACUAUUCCACGACGCAACAAUUCUAGAGCUUGGUGCUGGGGCGACUGGUAUUCCGGGAAUUGUUGCAUCGAAGUGUGGUGCUAAAUUUGUAAUCUUCUCAGACCAUCCUCGCUAUGACGAGGGUAUUGACUGGGAAUCGGAGCAAUCCGUUAAGAAGGUAUUGGAUCGACUGGGAAACUUGAAUUUCAUCCUCGCAUCCGAUUUGUUUUUCGACGGUACCGUCUUCGAAUCGCUCAUCUCAACAAUCGCUCAUAUCCUCGAAAAAUUCCCGAAAGCUCAUUGUUACUUUACAUAUGAAGAACGAGACAGUGAUUGGUGUAUUGAGGAUCUGCUAAUAUUAAAUUCGCUGUGUUGCGAUCGCAUUUCAAAGAUUCAAAUCAACCGGAAGACAAUACAUCUCGGUGUUAUUUACUCGAACAAACAUUGCGCAAUGAAUUCAACGUCAUAUUUUGCCGGUAUUGAAGGUGGAGCGACACAUUCACAGCUGGUGAUCGUGGAUAAGAAGGGGAAAAAAUACGGUGAAUGGUCGCAUACAGGUUUGAACUAUUAUUUGGAGGGGUUCGAUACGGUUGCGAAUGAAGUUGCAGUUUGGAUUAGAGGAAUUAAAAGCGAACUGAACAUCAAUGGGCCACUCGGCGCUGUUGUACGUUCAUUUCAUUUUCAGUUGAUGUUCAUUUGCCGAGUUUUUGUUCUUAUUGAUCAUACUUUUGAAAUUACAUCGGAUAAGAAGUAUUCGAAAAGAAGCGAAUAUCAUUUAACGAAUGAAACUGCAAAUGAAAUUUUUAAGGGUAUGGGUUUAUCGGGUGCAGAAGAUGAAGCAAUCAAUAGGCAACUUGUUGAUAUUCUCGAAAAGCAACACAGUGACGUCGCAAAACAAUUCUUCCUUACUACUGAUUCAGUGGUCACCAUUGCGGCUACGUUCCAUAAAGGCGGUGUUGUACUGAUUGCCGGCACUGGAUCGACGGCUCGUCUUCUGAAAGCUGAUGGCCGUGUGUUCGGUGUUGGUGGUUGGGGUCAUCAGAUUGGUGAUGGAGGAAGUGGAUUUUGGAUUGCGAAUAGAGUAAUUCGAUAUAUAUUCGAUGAUGACGAUGGUCUGGUGAAAGCGCCAUAUCCAACUGAAACAGUGAAACGGAUACUUUUGGAACAUUUCAAUUUGGGUGACAAAAUUGAAAUGUUAACCUUACUCUACGCUAAAUUCGAAAAAGCCAAUAUCGCUUCGUUUACAGGAAAACUUGUUAAAGAAGCACCAGAUGACCCUCUCGUCAAGCACGUCUUCCACAAAGCUGGUGUUAUAUUAGGUAGUCAUAUUCGGGCAAUUUCGAGUCAUUUUGAUGAGGAGAUGUUUCUUGAUGUCCCAGUUGUUUUGGUUGGGUCGGUCUUCAAAAGUUGGUCACUUCUGAAAGAUGGUUUCGAAGAAGGUGUAUUCAGCCGUGAUAAGCGAGGCAAUCACAUCAAAAAAGUGACUUUAUAUAAUUUGGAUGAAACUCCAGCAGUCGGAGCUGCUCUAUUGGCUGCGCAAAAUAUUCAUGUGGACAUACCUUAUAAGCAUACCUCUAAAGUUGUAGAUGUUUUGCAACAAUUUCAAAUACAUUUGUGA